AUGUGGCUCUACCACUAUACUUUAUAUGAACCUGACACCUACAGCAAUUCAAAAGAACCUAGCCACCCAGUUGCCUCUAAACCACAACCAACAAACCACCAACGCUGUAACAGAUGCAAUACACUACAGAUCAAUGCAUUGAAUGGUGGAAAGCAAGAACACCACAAAGAGUUUCCAGUCCUGGCUUCCUUGGCCUGUUCAGAAACUUUGGCUAAUGUAGAACAAUGCUUCUCCACUGCCACCAAUGUUUGUGGACAUGGUCAAGGCGGUUUCUCCCCCCAAACUAUUGAGGGAUUGGUGAGCUCUCAUCAGUGGUUAAAGAAGGGACUCAAAGAUGAUGAGGAACCAAUCGGCAAUUGCCCAGGUUAUUGUCUCUCAGGAUUGGAUGCAGUGGGAAGAAAGUAA